GAGAAGGCAGCUUGUCAGGAGGAUGCAGCUAAUUUGUUACGAAAGUGUUGUUAAAGAUUUCAGACCCGCGACGGUGAACCCGGUGAUAAACCAACAAAUUACAAAAAAUGGCAAGCUUGCAGGGGCUCAGAUUUGUUCGCAACGUAUUUGGACUGAAUUGUAGAUGGGUUUCCUCCUCGAUGAGAUACAGACAAGGAGACAAUGAUGCAAGGAGUAGCAGUGACUCCUCAUCAUCCUCCGAGAGUGAUCAAACAACUCAAGAAGAGCCUAGUGUUAAAGACAUCCAGAAGCUGGUUCUCAACACUGCCCUAGAGUUUGUACCCAUCCACGGUUGGACUGUCAAGUCUCUUGCCGAGGCUGCCAAGCAUGAAGGAUACCCGGGAGUUGCCCAUGGCAUGUUUCCCAGGGGUGGGGGUGAUCUCAUGCACCAUUUUGUGAGAGAGUGCAAUGCACAGUUGGCAGAGCAGCUGGCUUCGGAAGCUAGUAAAGAUGUGGAAGAAGGAGAAAGGAAGAAGACUGGUGCAUUUAUCCGAGAUGCCUUGCAGACUCGUCUCAGAAUGAUCAUCCCGUAUCAUGCGCAGUGGCCUGAUGCUAUGGUUCUUACAGCCAGACCUGAGAAUAUAGCUGAACACUUCAGUAAUCUAGCAAACCUUAUGGACACAGUCUGGUUUCAUGCAGGGGAUAAAUCUGCAGAUUUCAACUGGUACACCAAGAGGCUGUCUCUGGCAGCAGUGUAUAAGAGUACAGAACUGUGCUUUAUUCAGGACCAGUCGCCAGAUUUUGAGGAAACCUGGACAUUCUUAGACAACAGGCUCACAGACUUUACUAGAUUUGCCAAGUUCAGAGGAGAAAUGGAGACUGCUGGUAGUGCAAUGAAUGAAUUUAUGUCUGCAGCAAUUACUUCUGCAAGGAACAUUUCAGGGCUUAAUUCAAGAAACUGAAAGAAACCAGGAUCCUCAGAUUAUCAUUCACCGGCUUUUAUGCUCGCCUGAUGUGUAGGACCUUGUGAACCCAACAUGUUUCUUGUGAAAGCAGGUCCAUUUGAGCAGGAUUGCUGAUACAUACUCAAAGCACCCUAGUCUUGUUUGACAUGGACAUGCAGUUAAUCUCGUUUUUCCUGUUGACUGCCGAAUAAUGUCAUUCCCAAAGACUUUGAACAUGGACCAUCCUGUUUCAGUAGGCACAAUGGGUUGGAUUGAAUUAAAUCAGUUGGGACUGAUGAAAUAACCUCAACUUGAACAAAAUUUGAAUUAUGCAACUAAGAAAAAAAUAACUAUAUUUAUAAAGCAGUGUGUCUCAGGCUUCCAUGGGCGUCCAUUAUGAUUUGUGAUAAGGACUGGAAUAAGCGGGAGUAUAGUUGCAUCUUUAGGGGGCUCAUCCAGUUAUGCAGUCCUAAUAUAUAUUCCUUGACCUACGUUGGGCAUUGUGAGGCUAGGGGAAGUGACAUAAUCACCUUGCAAUAUGAGGUGAUGGAUUGAAUAUACACAGCAUUAUGUAAUUAAUUGCAGUCAUAAGAUUGGAUUCUGUGCAGAUUUAACUUUUAAGGCAGAUUUACCUGUACUCGUAUUCUGUAUUAAGCCUCAUUGUGGUUAAAUACCAGGCCCAGAUUCAAUGAAAAACUGGUGAUACCAUCAUUUUUCUGUUAAAUGUGUCCUCUCGUGAUAGCGACAGUUGUUUUCAGCAAUGAAUGAGCUUGCACUUUUCUUUCUUUUUUAAAUGAUAGACCUGCAGUGCAUAUACAUUUAUCUCACACUUUUAGAAGUUGGGGGUGUAACUUAAACAGUUGUCCUCCGGCAAUAGCGAAGGAAUAGAUUAUCAAGUCCAAGUUCAACUUAAUUCAAUUUCUAUUUUAAAAAAAUUUUACAACACAUUGGAUAGUGAUGUAUUAUGAUGAAUAGACAAAUAUUAAUAGUUUUUUUUAAUCUUUUUGUAAUGAUAAUUUGUAUAUUCCCCUAAUGACCAAACAAAGUAGAACUUUAUAGGGUUUAUGGUCAAUUAAUUACUUAAACAUCAACCAGAAGAAAAUCAAAUGUAUAUAUUGUGUGUGCUAUUUUUUCUUGCAUUACCAUUACAUGGUGGAUUUACCUGCUGUGUCCAUUUGAUUUAAGGUGUGAAACAAUUUAAAAAAAAAUUAUAAUAACAUUAGACCAAGUAAUACUUCUAAGAUUCUUCACCUAUUGUGAGUCUGAAUGUCUCGAUCUGACCUGUGUCAUUUGAAUUUUCAAGAUCUGUGAUUCUACAGAAUAGUAGAAAUCACAUUUUCUGGUCUUUACAAAAAAGCUACAUUGAAAUUAUGAACCACUGAAGAACAUAUGUGUCGAUAUGGAAAAAUUAUUGUGAAAAUUGAAAAAUUUCAACAAUUUUUCUAUUUCUUUUUCAAUGUUUUGACCUUGUUUUUGUAUGUACAUGUGACAGUGACAUUGCCUAACUUAUUUUUCAAUUAAGUACAAAUAACAGUAAAGAGAAAUGUUCUAGCUUCAAUUUGAUACCAAAUUUGUAGUUGAAAGUCAAAUUUUCACACAAACUAGUAAAGUUUUAUCCAAAAUAGCA